CACAUAUGACGUCAGCGCAAAUAGGAACAGGACAACGUAAAGACGAGCUAGUCGUUGUUCCUAGCCGUUUCUAGCCAAAUGACAGCUCACUGUUAGUGAAUGGCAGAAUCUCAUAGUCGGCGGUCUCGUCGGGAUUUCGAAGAAAACAAAUGUGUCCCAAACGGCGAGGAGGUGCGAUAUGUAAAGGACGUUGGCGUACAGACGGAGGCCAAAGUACAAGAUCAGUUUCCUAGAUUGUCCAAGGACAACCUCUUCACGUUGUUAAGUCUAUGGAUGGAACUUUUCCCCAAAAAAGAAGAAGGGUGCAGAGAAAAUGAUGCUACUGCAGACAGUGGCCUCGUGGUGGUCAAGGAGUGCAGAGUCCUGGAUCUUCAUUGCUCCGGUGUGGGGUUGCAUGCAGGCCAGGUGGCUGUCAUCAAACACGGCCCCAGACUAAAAGGAUGCGAUCUUUACUUUUCCAGAAAACCUUGUUCAACCUGCCUCAAGAUGCUCAUCAACGUUGGCGUGAACAGGAUCUCCUACUGGCCCAGUGAUACUGAGAUCAGCUUGCUGUCAGGUGGGAGCGAUACUGCAGAUUCCACCCACCAAGAGGCCAUCUUGGACGCGACAGCUGCAGAAAGACUAAAGUCCAACAGCAGACCGCACAUCUGCGUCCUUUUGCAAUCUCUAGGCUGUAACAUGCUGCAAUUCGUUGACGAAACUUCUCAGAAGUGUGACUUCCUUGGAAAGAUUGCAGCUGAUAAUCCGGCUCUAGAUGUUUCUGAUAUCUUCAGGAGGGAGCGGUGGAACAACUUGGAUGAUUUGUUGAAAAGGUUCUUUAUAAAUGAUGAGGAACAGCACAAGUACGUUCUGAACAAGAUGGGACUUGAGAACUUUGUGGUGGAACAAAAUUUCCAUAACCUGAGGGAACACAUGAAGGAUCUGAUUAAGGUUUUAGCCUCGGUGGCCGCCGGCGUUCCGGUUCUACAGAGUGAAUAUGGGUUCUUUACGAGAGAUCUCCCAGCAUCGGGUUCUUCAGCGUUGCCUCAGGAUGUUGCACGACAUUGUAUCAUACAAGCCCGAUUACUGGCCUGCAGAACAGAGGAUCCCAAAGUGGGUGUUGGUGCGGUAAUUUGGGCCGAGGGGAAACAGUCAAAAUGUGAUGGCACCGGUCGUUUCUACUUGGUGAGCUGUGGCUACAACGCCUACCCGUUAGGCUCGGGGUACGCAGACUACCCGCGCAUGGAUCAUAGGCAAGAGGAGAGACAGAACACAAAGUACAGAUACGUCCUGCAUGCAGAACAGAAUGCUCUCACAUUCAGGAGCACAGAGAUUAAAGAUGAGGACAACACCAUGAUGUUUGUAACCAAAUGUCCGUGUGACGAAUGCGUUCCUCUGAUUGGCUGCGCUGGAAUAAAACAAAUCUACACCACUGAUCUGGACAGUGGCAAAGUGAAGAACGAUAUCUCCUACCUCAGGUUUAACAAACUCGCCGGAGUUCAGAAGUUUGUUUGGCAACAGAAAUGUUGUGAUGGACAAACUACAGAGCAAACGGCUCCAUCAGGGUCAAAUGGCUUCUUGAAACGAAGAGAUGAAGACAUUGAAUUUCAGUGCAACAAAAGACUGCGAUCAUAAUCUAGAUUUACAAUGCUACUUUCUUGCCUGUUUGUCAGCCAAAAUCUACAAAUGCGAGAAACACAUCACCAUCAGGAUAUGGAUGGGCCACAGUUUUAAACAUCUUUUUAUUUUAAUGCAUCCCUGGGUGUUGCUUGCCCAAGUUGAGCUACAGGAAUACGUUGUAUGGCAUGCCAUAAAUAUCAUGCCACUUUAUGCAAACUGUUUUAGGUUAAUACAAAGUAAAUGGGCAAGCAAAAUGGUUUUAUUGGUUAAACAGGACCGUCCCUUUAAAUUGAAAAGAAUUUAAUUUUAAAUUACACAGGCACAAAAUGUUUUAAUUUUUAAAGGAUGACGUAAAAUAUCAUCACUGUAAAAACAUCUAGGGUUUCUCAAAAAUGCACUUUUGUGUCUGUGCUGUUAUUUUAAUUGUUGAUGCAUGUAAACAUCAGACCUUAAAGAGAUAGUUCACCAAAAAUUUUUAAUUCUGUCAUCAUUUACUCACUCUCAUGUUGUUACAAACCUGCAUAAAUUUCUUUGUU